AUGGCUGAUCCUUCGUCUAUAAACGUGCCCGAGAUCGAGCGGAUAAUAUCCGAUGUGAACGCGGCGCGGGAUUAUCGCUCAAACCUGACCCAGAAGACGAACGAAGACCAGUCCGUAUCCCAGGAGACGGAAGGCUCGAUGGCGUCGGGAUCAGAACCAACGUCCUCAUCAAAGGGCUCCCGCAGACUCCACACUUUAUCCGAGCUCAACGAGUCUGGCGAUGAAUAUCUCCCUGCUGUGACCGACAGCGCUGGGGAGAAGAAGGUGCAACCAAACGGACAGCUUUGCGACGGACGCGUGUAUCGCCUACGGACCUUCACCCUACCGGAUAGGGGAGACAAGCUCUUUAUGAUCGGAAUAGAGUGCGCUAGAGUUCUGGGCUAUCGCGACACGUACUUGCUCUUCAACAAAAAUCCAGCCUUAUAUAAAAUUUUCGCAACGACGGAAGAGAAGGAUCACUUGGUCGAACAGGGGAUUCUUCCACAGUCGUUGGGCACGAGGCAAAUUGCAAUUGUGACUGCCAAGUCCAUGUACCGCUGCUUUGACAGCCGGAUCAUUCAAGAUGGGCGUCGUGUCCGUGACGACUAUUGGGAGACGCAUGCACUGAAUAAGGGGUACACGGAGGAAGACCUGCCGCGGCUCUGGAACAAGAGGUCACGAAAAUUGCCAAACCCUGUUGCUGACGAAAGCAAUGUAGCCAAGGACAUUGCCGGCACCUUUGACCGUAGCAGCUUCGCACCCACAGCUGCACAACAGGCCAGGGACUCGGCAACCACGCAGGGCUCAGGUGUCGAAAGUGAAGGUAGCUCAAACAGGAUGCUUGAAAACACCAAGAGACUGAAGACCAGAAUAUUGCAGCGCCAUACCCAACACAUAGCAAAGACCCUCGUUGAGGCAACUGGCGUGGCGAAAUGGGGUGAAGCGGCCAUUAAGCGACGACCAAAACAAGAGUUGACGAUUCAAAUGGAGAAACUGCUCAAAGAUUCUCGCGGAUUCAAGUGCCGUCUGCAUCGUCAGCUGCACCUCGACAUUGAUAUGCAAGCAACAUCCAAGAUCAUUGUCGAACUUAUCCAGCAACUGUCAUGGCUUAGCACGGCCAUGGCCAUGGCCCCAGAUACCAGCCCUUUAGGAUUUGCUCGCCCUGGAAACGUCCCACUCUUUCCAGUGCCGGAAGGAGGAGGUGGUAUCGUCUACUGCAAGCCUAGAGUAGAGGUUCAAAGCAGCACGAUCGAGCCUGAAAGAUCGUGGAACAAGGUCAAGUUUGAUAUUGGGACGUCUUAUGAAGAUCUGGUCUCCGCAGAAGAUUCCUGUUGGCUACCGCUCUUUGGUAAUGCAGUAAUUGCGCAUGGGUUUCCGAUUCCCGAGAGGGGCGAGGAAAUGGGACUUGAGGUAGGUCUCGACCUCAUGGCUGCAUUGUCCGGGGCCCGACAUGCCGUGGAGUACCAGAACUCUGUGGUGCUCAAGGGAUUCUCAACCAUGCUGCUACCGGUGGGCAAAACUGCAGACAGAGUCCAGUGGCACUUGGCUCGCAGCAGGGACGACGAUGAGCCAAUCUCGUACAAGACGGGCAUCGCUCAAUGCAAAGAACGAGUCGGCUUGGAUCAGCUGGACGUCGUCUCCUUGAUGAACACGCGUGCGAUCGUCGGCUGGUGCAGCUCCGCUGAGACAGACCUCGGAAGCCCGCAUUAUGAUUACGCCAACAUUGACUACUCCAAGGCACGGGCGGCACGACUCGAAUCUCGCCUGGAAGGAGGUAGUUUUGGGUUCCAGCAUUUUGGGAUGGCCAGGGUCGAUUUUAGACUCGGCCGCAAGGACAUCAAGUUCCAUUAUCUCCGGGAAGGACCGUUUCGAAGCAUCGUUUCGGCCGCCGAAAGGACCCCCGUUGCGCUGUACGACACUAUGGAGCGGCGAGGGUGGCUGGUACCGGCGACUGCUGUGCUGCUACACAUGGCUCAGCAUCGACAUUUUCUUGAGCCGUUCGUUGGUAGCAGCGGCCCCAUGCAUCUGCAGAUGAAACAUACGGCAAAAGAAACGCUCUUGGAAAACCGUCAGGUGAGUCUAUCGGAUGAUGGCUCAUACGCCUUCCGGGACUUGAUUAGUGAGAUAUGGUCGAUGCUGGAGUUUCUCAUUGCCCGAGCAUCAGAUCAGCGCUGCGUGCCAGGCAAGCCACUGAAGGCGCACACCGGCCGCAGACUGGGUGGAUUUGAGUACAAGGCUAUAGUGCAGCAGCGAUCUCCCAUCUCCCCAAAAGAGUGUCCUCUACGAGGGGCUUCGGGAGGGUGGCUCUCACUGGUCGAGGACAUCGACGCCCUCGUGCUCUUCGCCAGCGGGUUCGGCAAUGUGAUCCAUCCAAAGGAUCCAGACCAAGAAGUCAUUUGCCACGGGUGGAGAACUCUACCUUCUAACAAGGACUACCUGGCCACCUCGGUCAGUACGUUGCUCGACUUGUUCCAGUGCACCUGCAGCCGGCUGCAGCACAUCGUGACGCACUCGAGGGGCCAGGUCGUUGGUCCAGGGCUGUUGCUAGAGGAGGGGGCCGUCAUUUUCGGCGCUACCGGGUCCGCGCCAGAUGACAGAUGGCGGUCAGAAAAGACGGAGCCGGAGCAGCUCUACAGCCAACCUAAUCUGCCACUCAACGGAAACGAAGAGUUGCAGUCCAUGGAGGGGUCGUCAUGCGACUCCGGUGUGGACCAGGAGUGCUAUUCGGCUGAGUCUUCCACAUGCGGCGAGAAUGUGACACUUCCACUGCACGUGGAAUCGAGUCCCCGGCGGAAGCGGUCCGAUCAAGUAUUCGAGGAGGCCGACAUGCGAUUUUACGACGUUUAUACUUCUUGCCACCCCGGAGACUUGUUGGAUGACGCCGUACCUGCGGUCGGGGAUGGCGGCAUGCGCAGCCCCUGA